CAGUACCAAAAUAGACCCAAUAUUGCACUAAUCCAAGCCAGGUCAGAACCAACGAUGGCGGCUCCUCUUCUUCGCAGACAGGUUCUUCUGCUUCGCGGUUGCUUCCAAAACCACACUGCCGGAGCCGUUGCGGCGCGCCACCGGAAGUGGUUCAGCGCCGCCACAAACUCACCGUCGAAUGAGGCUGAGGCGGAGGAGAAAGUAAGCCCCAGCACCACCUUCAAUCUCCGGGAGAAUGACCCCGACAGUCGGAAAUGGAGGGAUAUUGAAGAGGAGAUUCUCAGAGACAUUGAACCCAUCGUUUUGCUUGCCAAGGACAUUCUUCACUCACCAAGGUAUAUGAAUGGACAGAUACUGGAUAUGGAGGAGGAGAAAGCUAUAGUAGAGAAGCUUCUUGCUUAUCAUCCAGAAUCUGAAGAUAAGAUUGGGUGUGGUAUUGAAUCCAUUAUGGUUGACCGUCACCCUGAAUUUCGGCACUCAAAGCGUCUUUUUGUUGUAAGAACUGAUGGUGUUUGGAUCGACUUCUCCUAUAAUUGGUGCCUUCAGAGUUACAUCAGAUAUAAGUACCCUAUCCACGCAGAAAGGUUUAUUCGAAAACAUUAUCACCGUAAAAAGUGUCUUUCAAGGUAGUUGAGGUUGAACAUGUGCGAGUCAAAAGGGUCAACUCAACUUGGGCAGGUUGUCUAACUAGGUUUAGUAGGUACUCUACACAAGUCGAAAGGGGAGAAACCACGUUUGACAUACUUUAAGAUUAUUAGCUUAAUGUAUUUCUGAAUCCGAAGACAGUGUAAUCUAUCUGUCUUUGUUGGUUUAAUACAAGUCAUCUUGGCAAUGUGUGAUAGUUAUGAACUUAAAAGGUAAAGCAAUUCUGUUUU